AGGUGGAGAAGCGGCGGAGGAGUCGUGGCCUUGGUCUUUUCCUUGUGCUCGCGGGGCCGACAAACCUCGGCUCGCUCACAGUCAUCCUCAACCUGGACUGCCACGGUCUGGCGGUCUGUCCGUUUAUCCAGCGCCGGCCUCGCUCGUCUGAUGGCUGGCCUGACCCGUUAUUCACUUCCUCCGGACUGCCCCGUGCGUGCCUGCCAGUCUGCCGCCGCGUGUCCGUUCGACGCGGCCGCCUUUACGUUCGGCCUGUCUGUGCGUGCUCGUGCGGUUCCUGUCUGCCCGUGCGCCCGUCUAGCCGCGAAACGGCCGUCCCUUUCGUCCGACGGUCAGCCGCGAAUUUCACCCAUCCGCACUCAGACAUGCAUGCAUGCAUGCAAGCAAGCACGCACACGCACACGCACACACACGCAGGCACGCAGGCUCGCGGACAUUCCGGCAGGCCGAGGCGCAGGCAGGCGUGCCAGCAGACAGGCGGGCGAUCAGGCAGGCAGGCAGGCAGACACUCGAAUGGCCCAGUCAGCAUUGCCUCGUGUGCGCGCCGAGGCAUGGACAGACCGAGGAGCACUUCGACCAGCCAGCCAGGCUGAGAAGGCCCGUGCGCACGAGCGAGAGCGAGAGCGAGGCCUAACUGUAACAGAGCGUGGUGGCAGUAACAGCGCCAUAAGCAGUAGCAUCAGGAGCACCUGUUCGCCUGCAACACGACGCCGCCACCGGUCCGGCCACGUCAGCGUCGCCGUCUUCCCGAUGAGUCUGUUACACGCCGCCAGCAUGGACCUAAUCAAGCCGAUCAUGGAGUUGGGCGCCGAGAAGACGCGACUGCGCACCAUCAACGGCAUCUUCGAGGCGGCCUGCGUCUCGGGCCGGCCCGAGGCGAAGUCGGCCGACGACGAAAGCCUCCUCGCAGCCGACGGCUCGGCGGGCAAAGAGAACGACCAACAGGGAAAUGGUGUCGGCGACGAGGAGGAGGAGGAGGAUGACGACGAGGAUGACGAAGAGGAGGAGGAAGAGGAGGGGGAGGAAGAUGAGGAUGCCGACGACGAUGACGACGACGACGACGACGACGAGGGCGAGGGUGAGGGAGAGGGAGAGGUGGAAGCAGAGGUAGAGGGAGAGGGCGAAGAGGGGGAGGGCGCAGAAGUGGAAGACGAGGUCGUGCUUGCGGAGGUGGACGAGAAGGUGGGGCUAGAGGAAGCGGAAGAGGUGGAAGAGGAAGAGGAGGAGGAGGAG